AUGUCUGCAGUAGACCUAGCUACCUUAGCAAACCAGCUCACAGCAGACUAUCCAGGGGUGCCAGGCUGGGAUGCUAAUGCUGCCACAUUUGGAAUGACAAUUGUAGCCAAUAACUUGCAUGGAGAUUACCAGCUUGCAAAUGGAUAUGGACACAAUCGGGCCAAAGAGGUUCUAAAGAGACAUAGAAACAGUUUUAUUACUAUAGAAGAUUUCAACUUCCUGUACAGACAUGGAAUAAAUACUGUGAGGAUUCCUGUUGGCUGGUGGAUUGCUUAUGAUCCUGAUCCUCCAGCUCCAUUUAUUGGGGGAACUUUGGAAGCUCUGGAUAAUGCAUUCUCCUGGGCACAAGCGUAUAGCAUAAUGUGCAUAAUAGACCUUCAUGCUGCUCCUGGCUCCCAAAACGGGAUGGAACAUAGUGCUAGUAGAGACGGUUGGACAGACUGGCCUACUUCAGAUCAUGUCUCACAAACAUUACAUGUUAUAGAUUUCUUGGCUUCAAGGUAUGCAAAAAAUCCUGCCUUCUUGGGAAUUGAACUUUUGAACGAACCAUCUGCAGCAACAGUUCCAUUGGAUAUCUUAAUCUCCUAUUACAAACAAGGCUACCAAAUUGUUCGGAAACACUCAUCUACAGCUUAUGUGAUAAUGUGCCAAAGAAUUGGCAAUGCAGAUCCUUUGGAACUUUAUCAGGCAAAUAUAGGCUCUCACAAUAUAGUUGUGGAUCUUCAUUACUACAAUCUGUUUGACCUUUUCUUUGUUAAUAUGAGUGCCAUGGAUAAUAUCCAAUUCAUCUACAGAAGCAGGGAAGCUCAACUACAAGCCUUAAAUAGCGUAAAUGGUCCCCUUGUUUUUAUUGGGGAAUGGGUGAAUGAGUGGAAUGUGACAAACGGCUCUCAGAAGGAUUAUCAAGACUUCGGGAGGGCUCAGUUAGAGGUUUACAAUGCUGCUUCCUUUGGAUGGUCGUACUGGACUCUCAAAAAUGACAGACAACACUGGGAUUUUGAAUGGAACAUUAGGAACCAUUAUCUCCAACUGGGUAAUUCUCCAAAAACCCAAAUUUUCAACACUAUAGUGUUGCUUGGAUUAGUGUGUACCUGGUUAUAUCUGCAUCAUAUGUUGUGACCAACCGCACAAACGUUGUGGAUGACCCAGAAAUGUCGAGGGAGACAUAAAUGCGGCUUUUCUUAAUUUUUGCUUUUUACAAAUCUGGAAUUGCAGUAAAAUUGUUAGAGCAUAAACUAUCCACAGAACAUGUGAAUGAUCCUGUAAGAACUUGGGGGCUACCUCAGAAAUAUACAAAUGAAAAAUUCAUUCUACUUUGAGCUUC